UUUGCAUCCCCGGUCGCGGCAUCUGGCGGGCAUCCUAGGGCUCGCGACCUGGCGAGGCGUACGGUUGUCGCGACGCGGAUCGGGUCGAGCGAGUCGGAGUCGUCGAGAGUCGUCGAUACGCACGCAACGUUGAACGAAACGUCGCGUCGACGGAAAUGUAGCUGACAAAACUGGCUCGAUCACGGUUCCUUCGUGAUAUUUUAGCGUAAUCGGUUCGGUUUAGCAACGAGUCGUAAGCGAACCCAUUUGUUCCAUGAAUUCCCCACUCGAUCAUACGUGAGUAAACGCCAUACAUACUCGACGACGCCUUCGUUUGCGACGUGCUUACGUGACACGACACUCGAAGAAAGACGUAAAUGCAUUACAUUUCCCGAGACGCGAGAGGGAAGAUCCGUGUUAAUCCGUGCGAACUCGCGAGAGAGGCCCGCGUACGGGAAAAGUGUGCACGAGCACGUUUUCCCGUACGAGCACACGGUUCGUCGAGUUAAGCAGCAGUUGACGUUCUCGUAAUCAAUUUUAGGUUAACAGAAGAUGACAGUGUUAGAGGCAGAGGAAGACGCAGAUAAACGCUCGGUUCCUCCCAGAAAGAAGUUUUGCCUGUCCUUGUCCGGUCGCGGACGCGCGAUUCCCAUCAUUGCUCCGCAGCCCCCUCGUGCGUCGGUGAGAGGGGGCCUUUUGGAUAGACCAGACUUUUCAUUCGAUACCAGCAAAAUGUUGAAUGGCUAUCGAAAUCAGCUGAGCAAUCACCAGGAUGGAGGAUACGACGUGUCCGGUACUGGCACAGAAGGAUUAAAAAUAGCCACUUUGUGUAAUCUAGGGAACACCUGCUUCCUCAACAGUGUACUGUAUACUCUGCGAUUCGCGCCUUCCUUCCUGCACAAUUUACAUCAUCUAGCCACCGACUUGUCCAACUUGAAUGACAAACAGUUGCAAACAAAAGCAAAAUCCUCCUCGUUGGGUAGAACCGGCGUAUCUUUAACAUCGAGCGGUAGUCGCAGUUGGAGCAGCAAAGAUCUGCUGGCCUUGGCUGCACCGACAGCGGACGCGAAUAAACCUCGUAUUCAGAUAGCCACCGAGAGGUUGCACGAACUCUUUAUGGCGCUACGUGCGUCGGAGGCGAGGGAGAACAGCGAACCGUAUCAACCGGAUGCCUUUUUGCAAGCUCUCAGAGAGGUGAAUCCGAUUUUCGAGGGAAAUCAGCAACAGGAUGCCCACGAACUUUUGGUCUGCUUGCUCGACAACAUCAGAGAGACGUUUCAGUUGUUGGUCAGACACAGAGAGAGCCAAUUUGGUCAGGGCAACGGUGGCUUUCCCGCGGAUUUUAUCGGCGAUACCGGCGUCUCGGCGGCAGACGCGCAGUCGGCGGAAAGCAGCAGCGGUUCCGGCAAGAGGAGCAUUCGUAAAUCUCGAAAAAAGAAAAAGAUUACGAGCAGGGGUAGCUCCGCCGUCUGUCUCGUGCAGUCAAACGCGAACGGCGUCGCGUCGGCGACAUCCGCGAGACCGUACGAGAACGGUCACGCCGAAUUUGUCGACAGUAACGGCGAGACGGGGAUGCGCAAGCCGGAGAGCAAAAAGUGCUUCAUCUCCGAAGACUUUGAGGGGGUCAGCCUGUUGCGUACGACGUGCCUCGAGUGCGAACACGUCACCGAACGCAAGGAAACCUUUUGCGACAUAUGCGUACCUAUCGACAUUGACCGUUCCAACGAGAAAGACGAUGAUGGUCGAUCGGUGGACAGUAGCGAGGUGUACAAACGCGCCGUGGUUACCAGUGAACUGCUUUGGGGUAGAGACAAGUACUGGUGCGCACGUUGCCUACGGUACAACGAAGCUCGCAGAGCCGUGUGUUUCCCCUCUUUACCGAGGCUCCUCAUCUUGCAGCUCAAGAGAUUUUCCACCGCUGCUGGCUCGAUGGAGAAGAUUAAUAAUCACAUGCCGACGCCGCUCACUUUACAAUGUUUCUGCGAGGAGUGCAGCAACGAACAGACGCGCGGGACGGCAGCGAGUAGCGCGCCGGAAGCGCGGCACGUUUACAGACUGUACUCGGUCAUAAUGCAUCAGGGUGCGACGAUGACCGCCGGGCAUUACGUCGCUUACGCGCGUCUACCGGACGAGUCCGCGUACGCGGAAUAUUUUCAAUGCGAUCGCGACAACAACAAGCGACAGAAUUCGGGCCAGGGUGGUACCGCGAACGCGAAUUCCUCGUCCAUAGCCAUCUCCUCUUGCUCCUCCUCCUCUUCUUCCUCCACCUCCUCCUCCUCCUCUUCCUCGUCAUCUUCCAACUCUUCCUCGUCCGACAAAGCGUCAAGUAUACUCAGGUAUUUCAGGAGUAAACCCAGCGUGAACAAUGAAAACAAGGAGCAGUUGGUGAGCAAAGUCGGAUGUCGUAGCAUGGAUUGUUGCGGCAUCAGGCGUAACAAGCAGGGCGUCACCUGGCUCGAGUGUGACGACGAAGCGGUGCACGUGAUACCGCUGCGGGAGCUCGAGGACAAACUGGCGCCGAAUCCGCGCAACUCGGCUACCCCGUAUCUCCUGUUCUACGUGAGAUCAACCACGACGUAAAUCACGACGAUAGGAUCUACUACUAGGAGGCUUCUAGCAGGAGGAAAGCGCGUGUCAAGAUGUCUCCCGUACAAAGUACGCGAGGUUUUCCGCGCGAGGAAAACAGCGCGGUAGCCAACGGUGUAAAGUUACGACGAAAUGUCGGCCUCGUCUCUUUUUCUCCCGCCAUAGGCUCUCACCUUUCGCGCUGUGAUGUAUCCGCACAUUCCAGACCACUCGAGUUCUUCCUGUGUGUAUCGCAUUCUAUAGCGUCUCGACGCGAGCGUGUACAAUUUGCGUGUAGAGGGAACGAACCGUCUGUACAGUCAGAUACGUUAGAUUCCUCGGGCGGGAUGUGACGCGUAAUCGACCACGCGUGGACUCUGUAGCGUUAUAGUUGGCACGUGGAACGUUUAUCAUCGAGUUAUCUGUAAAAUAAAAAAAUUAUGUAUUCUUCACA